UCGUUUCUUGUCCUGGUCCCUGGCAAAAUAGAGGGUCCUGAGUUUUGGUAAACAGAGAGACAUCCUGUUACCUUCCUUUCCCUGUUGGUGGUCGGUGGCUGCCGGGGGUCUGAGCCUCGGGCCCGGGAGUUGUUGUGCCCUGGCAGCAGCAGGACGCAGCAAUGUCUUCUCAAGAGGCUUUCAGGAUAGAAUAUGAUACCUUCGGGGAGCUGAAGGUCCCAAGUGACAAAUACUAUGGUGCUCAAACUGUAAGGUCUACAAUGAACUUCAAGAUUGGAGGUGUUUCAGAAAGGAUGCCAGUCCAGGUCAUAAGGGCUUUUGGCAUCUUGAAGAGAGCAGCUGCUGAAGUAAAUCAAGACUAUGGUCUGGACCCCAAGAUUGCUAAAGCCAUUGUACAGGCAGCAAAUGAGGUAGCUGAAGGAAAAUUAAAUGAUCACUUCCCUUUGGUCGUGUGGCAGACUGGGUCUGGAACUCAAACCAAUAUGAAUGUCAAUGAAGUCAUCAGCAACAGAGCUAUUGAGAUAAUGGGAGGGACACUGGGAAGCAAAAAGCCAGUGCAUCCAAAUGAUCAUGUUAACAAAAGCCAGAGUUCAAAUGACACUUUCCCCACAGCAAUGCAUAUUGCUGCUGCCCAGGAGGUUAAUGAGGUCUUGUUACCUGGACUAAAGAAGCUACAAAAUGCACUAGAAGGGAAAUCCAAAGAGUUUUCCCAAAUCAUAAAAAUAGGGCGCACUCAUACACAAGAUGCUGUUCCACUUACACUUGGGCAGGAAUUCAGUGGCUAUGUGCAGCAAAUCAAAUACGGUGUGGCCAGGAUUGAAUCCAGCAUGCCAAGGGUGUAUCAGCUGGCAGCUGGCGGGACUGCAGUCGGCACAGGAUUGAACACAAGGGUUGGCUUUGCUGAGAAAGUUGCUGCUAAAGUGGCAGAACUGACAGGCUUGCCUUUUGUCACUGCUCCAAAUAAGUUUGAAGCUCUUGCAGCUCACGAUGCUUUGGUGGAGCUCAGUGGAGCCAUGAACACAGUGGCGUGCAGUCUGAUGAAAAUAGCCAAUGACAUUCGCUUCCUGGGCUCUGGGCCACGCUCUGGGCUGGGAGAGCUCAUCCUGCCUGAAAAUGAACCAGGGAGCAGCAUCAUGCCAGGAAAAGUGAACCCUACCCAGUGUGAAGCUGUGACCAUGGUGGCAGCCCAAGUUAUGGGAAAUCAUGUUGCCGUUACUGUAGGAGGAAGCAAUGGACACUUUGAACUGAAUGUCUUUAAGCCCAUGAUGAUUAAAAACGUUUUAAACUCUGCAAGACUUCUAGGAGAUGUGUGUGUUUCUUUCACUGACAACUGUGUAGUUGGAAUCCAAGCCAAUACGGAUAGGAUCAACAAAUUGAUGAAUGAAUCUCUGAUGUUGGUAACAGCACUGAACCCACAUAUAGGAUAUGAUAAAGCAGCCAAGAUUGCCAAAACAGCACACAAAGAAGGGACGACGUUGAAAGAAGCUGCUAUAAAGCUGGGGUUCCUUACGUCAGACCAGUUUGAUCAGUGGGUGAAGCCUAAAGACAUGUUAGGUCCUCAGUAACUUCUGUAAAAAAAAAAGUGUUCUUAAUAUAAAAAAUAAAUAAAACAAAUAUGAUAUAAUAUAA